AUACAUGUUUUUAACAACUAAGUUAACUUAGCUAACGUUAGCAAGUGAAUGAUUUCAUCUUAACGUUAAGUAAUGCGAAUGUUACUGUACUACGUAAAGUGUGAUAAAAUACAUUUAAUAAUUUAACUGAAAUUGGAAAAGACGACAUUUAAACUUUGCUCUGAUAAUUCGCGAUAAUUUAGAGUAUUUGAUGACAAACGUUACGCUAACGACUUGUUCAUGUAGUAACAGCUGACAUUAUGUCAGUUGGCCACAAAAGGUCGUUGAGCAACAGUUAUUUUAAACAACCCUAACUUAUACCUAGGUUACUUAGUAAUUUUAGCAGUCAACAAACUCUGUGCCUGUCACCUAAGUUAGCAACAGCAAGGAUUAAAAUGUAUAAAUUACAACUAACAUUUAUACAGUGGGAUAUGUAAUUAAGUUUAGUAGUGCAAGAAGUAAUGUUACUCAGAUCAUUAAAUUAAAAAUACUCCGUUAAGUUACAAUGUCCUGCAUUGAAUCAAACUCAAGUUAAAAUACAUAAGUAUUAUCAGCUGAAUUAGUUUUCAAAGUAAAAGUACUCAUUUUUCAGAAGCUGUUAAAGGUGAAACUACUUUUACUUGCUUUACAGUCUGUAGUGUUGACCAGUCUUCCCAGUCUAGGGGCAUGGCCCUUUCUCAUAGGUUGUGUCAGAGGGGUUGUGAGAUGAUUAAUGGGAGAGGAAAUAAGAAAAAAUAACUAUAUUCUGAUACACAAAUCUGUUUUUUUUGAUCAUUUGACCUCUUUGGGCCUUGAGCAGUUAUUGCAAUGAUGUGAAUAACUACGUGAGAAUUUUGAUGGGGAAAUGUCUCUCCCUUUGGUGGAACUGCUAACAACUUAAAGGCAUCUGAAAUAUGACAAGGAGGAGCCACAACUAGACAUGAUUUUUUUGUAAGUGGGCAUAAGCCAAAAAGGUUAAGAACUUCUGGUUUAAUGUUUAACAAUGCAUUGUAACUUAUGAGCUUUCAUGUGUCCUUUUAAUGUAACAUUUUAAUCUGAAACGUAACUAAGUUGUUGUGAUAUAAAUAUAGUGCAGUAAAAAUUACAAUAUUUUGCUCUAAAUUGAGUAUGAGUGUAAAGUAGUAUAAAAUGGAAACAUGCAAAAUUGGCGUUAAUUACAGUACUUAAAGUGUAAGUAAAUGUAGUUACAUUCCACCACUGGUAAAGACCAUAAACAGUAAACUCACUAUUACGUAAAUAGACAAACAGAGGGAAAUGAGACUACAGCACACACAUGGACCUUGAGAAGCCCUAGAGUUUCCCAAAGGUCCAAAGCAAGAAAAGGAAUAUCACUUCAGUAGAAACUGUAUUUCAAAACGACUAAAACAAAGUGUAUUGGAGGCAGCCACAUAUAGUCUAAUAUAUUCAUAAGUUGGCCUGUACAAGUUCACAGUACAGUACACUACCAUUCAGCCCUUCCACCUUUAACAGAGUCUGGCAUCACUCAUGAGUAGCAUAUCUGAUUACUUUGGCAAACCAUUAACUUUAGCAUUACUGCCUCCUAGUGGGUAUAUAGGCUAUAAACUACCUCAAAUUUUCAGUCACUUUUGUAAUGAUGGCUUAAUGCUGUCACAGUGUUUUUUACUUUCUAUAAAGAUUUCAAGCUUUUUUUCUAGAAAGUACCAUUGCUGUGCUGCAAUUUUAUUUGCCUGGAUUCAGAAGCUCCCAUUGGGAGUGCAUUUAGUUUAGGCUGCUGGGAAAAGAAAGUCAGCCUGGCAAUGGAUAGUAUAGUCUACGAGCUUCACCAUCGGCUGUACAAGUAACUGAAACUGUGGCCACCACCAGCCAGCUGCUGAAGAGGGAUAUGGGAGAGUGUGUCCACUGUUCAACAUCCGUGAGGCUGUUCAUGCACUCUGAUUAUUAAGACCAGGGGAGCCAGACGAGGGGGAGGAAGGACGUGGAGAAAGAGCUGAGAGAAAGUGAUUGACGUUGGGGAGAGAGAAGAGGAUAAGUUUCCUAAUUCUGUCGCCCAUAGGCAAGGGUGGAUGAGAAGUUACAGUUAAGGAGCCUGUCUGACACGGAAGGAGGAGCACCAGUCUGGGGGGGAACCACCAGUUCAGCCUUCUUCCAGCAACAAUAGGACAGGAUGAGGUACCAAGGCAGGGAAGUGGAUGUUGAAGGAAGAGUGCGCCUGGUGAUGGAGAGUUCCCUGUCCGCCCGGGACAGGGUCGGGGUGCAGGACUUUGUCUUGCUGGAAAACUACAACAGUGAGGCAGCCUUCAUAGAGAACCUACGGAGACGCUUCAGAGAAAACCUCAUCUAUACGUAUAUUGGCUCAGUUUUGGUGUCGGUGAACCCUUACAAAGAGCUGGAGAUUUACUCCAAGCAGCAGAUGGAUCGCUACAGAGGCGUCAGUUUCUAUGAGAUAUCACCUCACAUCUACGCCUUGUCAGACAACACUUACCGAGCCAUGCGGACCGAGAGGAAGGACCAGUGUAUUCUCAUAUCGGGUGAGAGCGGAGCAGGUAAAACAGAGGCCUCCAAGAAGAUCCUCCUCUACUAUGCUGUCACCUGCCCCACUAAUGAUCACAUGGCUGCCCUUGGUGACCGCCUACUGCAGUCUAACCCUGUCCUGGAGGCAUUUGGCAACGCCAAAACACUUAGGAAUGACAACUCGAGCCGCUUUGGAAAAUACAUGGAUGUUCAGUUUGACUUCAGGGGGACACCAGUGGGCGGUCACAUCCUGAACUACCUGCUGGAGAAAUCCCGUGUAGUGCACCAGAACCAUGGUGAGAGGAACUUCCACAUCUUCUAUCAGCUUCUGGAUGGGGGGGAUGACAACUUGCUUAACACACUCGACCUGGAAAGAAACCCUCAAAGCUACCAGUAUCUGGUCAAGGGCAACUGUCCCAGACUCAGCUCCGUCAGUGACAAGAAUAAUUGGAAAGUUGUGAUGAAGGCGCUGCCUGUUAUUGGCUUCACAGAGGAAGAAGUGCAGAAAUUGCUAAAUAUCAUCGGCAGUAUUCUCCAUCUGGGAAACACUCAGUUUGGGGAAGGGGAGGAAGGAGAAACUUAUAUCACCACUGAGACUCAGAUAAACAAUCUUUCGAAGCUGCUGGGUGUUGAUGGCUCAGCCCUCAGGGAGGCACUCACUCACAAGAAGCUCACUGCCAAAGGAGAGGAGAUGAUAAGCCCUUUAAGUUUUGAGCAGGCAGUGGCUGCCCGUGAUGCCUUAGCCAAGGCCGUGUAUGGUCGGACCUUCACUUGGUUGGUGGAGAAGAUCAACCAGUCGCUGGCUGUGAAGGAUGAAAUCUACCACAGCAGUAAGGCCUCCUCAGUUAUAGGACUUCUAGAUAUCUAUGGCUUUGAGGUCCUACAGCACAAUAGUUUCGAGCAGUUCUGCAUCAACUACUGCAAUGAGAAGCUCCAGCAGCUGUUUAUUGAGCUCACCCUGAGAUCUGAGCAGGAGGAGUAUGAGACAGAGGGAAUUGCAUGGGAGACGGUGCAAUACUUUGACAACAAGAUCAUUUGUGACCUGAUAGAGGAAAAACACAAAGGCAUCAUCUCCAUUCUGGAUGAGGAGUGUCUGAGGCCUGGAGAGACCUGCGAUGUAUCCUUUUUAGAGAAACUGGAAGACACACUGGGCGACCAUCCCCAUUUUGUUACUCACAAGUUGGCAAAUGGAAAAACUCGCAGGGUGAUGAGCAGGGAAGAAUUCAGGCUGCUGCAUUAUGCUGGGGAGGUAAACUACAAUGUCAAUGGUUUCCUAGACAAGAAUAAUGAUUUGCUGAACAGGAACCUGAAGGAGGUCAUGUGCCAGUCAGACAACCAGAUCCUAAAGCACUGCUUCCGUAGAGAGGAAGUGAUGGACCAGAAACGCCCAGAGAUGGCUGCCACUCAGUUUAAAAACAGCCUGAUGAAGCUCAUGGAGAUCCUCAUGUCUAAAGAGCCGUCCUACGUGCGCUGUAUUAAACCUAAUGAUGCCAAGCAGCCAGGAAGGUUUGAUGAAGUUCUGGUCAGACACCAGGUGAAGUACCUGGGUCUGAUGGAAAACCUGAGGGUCAGGAGAGCUGGCUUUGCCUAUCGACGUCGCUUUGAAGCCUUCCUGCAGAGGUAUAAGCCUCUGUGUCCUGAGACCUGGCCCAAUUGGCAUGGCAGACUCGCAGAUGGUGUCUCGACAUUGGUCAACCACCUGGGCUACAAAGCAGAAGAGUACAAACUGGGCAGGUCAAAAAUCUUCAUCCGUUUCCCAAAAACUCUCUUCAACACUGAGGAUGCACUAGAAGCAAAAAAGCCAGAGAUAGCUUUGACCCUGCAGACAUCAUGGAGAGGCUACAGGGAGAGAGCCAAGUACCAACGCAUCAGACACGCAGUGAUAGUGAUCCAGUCUGGGUGGCGAGGGAUGAAAGCACGCAGGAGGGCUAAGAGGCGUCGACAGGCUGCUGAGUUAAUACGCAGGUUCAUAAAAGGCUUCAUCUACCGUCAUGAGGAAUACUGCCCUGAGAAUGAGUAUUUCCUGGAUCAUGUACGCUACUCCUUCCUAAAGAAUCUACGGAAAAACCUGCCCAAGAGCGUUUUGGACAAAAGCUGGCCGACACCUCCUCCCUCCCUGGUUGAGGCCUCUGAGCACUUGUGGAGGCUGAACAUGAGAAACAUGGUCCUGAAGUACUGCAGGAGGGUCCAACCUGAAUGGAAGAAGCAGAUGAUGCAGAAGGUUGUAGCCAGUGAGGUCUUCAAGGACCAGAAAGACAGCUACCCUCAGAGUGUUGGAAGGCUGUUUUUGGACUCCAGGCUGGAAAAUGAACAAAUCAAUCUUAAAGUCGUCCAGACUCUUGGCAAUGACAAAGUGCAGUACGGUGUUUCAGUUGUGAAGUACGACAGGAGGGGUUUCAAGCCUCGCCCUCGCCAGCUGCUUCUCACUAACAGCUUUGCUGUGCUGGUGGACAGGACCAAGAUCAAACAGAGGAUUGACUACACAGCUCUGAGAGGUAUCUCUGUGAGCUCUCUCAGCGAUGGGAUGUUUGUUCUGCACAUGCCCAGUGAGGACAAUAAGCAGAAGCUGUGUGUCCCUCAGGGCGACGUGGUGCUACAAUGCAGCCAUGUGAUUGAGCUGGUGACAAAACUAGCCAUUAUGGCGAGCAAGGUCAACUACGUCAACGUCAGCCCGGGCAGUAUUAGGUUUGCUGUGGCUCGAGGCAAGGAGGGAAUCAUUGAUUUCAUCAGGGGUUCAGAGCUGAAGGUAGCCAAAGGCAAGCGAGGACAUCUGCUAGUGACUGCCCCUCGGAUCAACGCCACAUGAAGAAACAGAAAACAGCAACCAGACAAACAGUAAUCCUUUUAGCUAACUGGAGGAUUGCCACUCAGAAGUUGUCAUCAUAUUAGUUAGUUUGUAGCCGACAGGAUGAUACCACAAGCACACACAACAUACUCAACAGAAGGAAGAUUGUUUAUUAAUUCAUAUACAUCACCAUUAUUACAAGAAUGUCGUUAUUGCUGCAAUAACUAUUGCUAAUGUUUUUUAACGAUUAGAAAAUCAUACCAUGAAGUCGUCACUGUUUCAAAUGCUUCAUUUCUUUAUUGACAGUCAUACAAAUUGUACACAAAUAUAUUUAAAUACAUAAAAUAUAAAAUGUCUUGUCAUGUGAAACACUUUUUCUCUAUAUUGUAAGAAAAAUAAAACAAACCACUUUGAAAUAAAUAGCAUGUCAAUAAAUAUGUUAAUAAAUAGUAAAUAUAUCUUUGGAAAGUCCAGUAGAUUGAGGGCUUGGGGAAAAACAGUUGGGAAGUGUUCUCUCCGCUCUGGUAGAGGCAAGACAGAAACUCUGGGAAAUACCCAAGAAAGCCCUUGAAUAUACAUCAUGUAAAACCAUUUGACUAGCUUAAAGAGAGCUCCAUGUAAACACCACUGAAACUGAUUAAAGUUACCAACUGUUAUUACAA